AUGUAUCUCUCAACAAUCCUCCUCUCCCUCACCACCCUCGCCCUCUCAACCCCAACAAUCCACGACGCCCACCUAGCUGCAAGACAGGAGAUUCCCUACGGUGCCUACGGAACCCCAGCCUACACCCCCUCCCCGCGGCCCACACCGUACAGAGUAGGGCACGCCAUCGUGCAAAACCACUGCCCGUUCCCAGUCUAUAUCUGGUCCGUCAGCUCAACCGUGCAGCCAAUGCGAACCAUCAACCCCAACGACGUCUACAACGAGCGCUUCCACGCGGAUACUGAUACCGGUGGCAUCGCCAUCAAGAUCAGUACCGAGUCCGACGGACUGUACACCAGUGCUCCGCAGAUGAUCUUUGCGUACAAUCUUUCCUAUGACCGAGUUGGGGAUCGGAGUCAGGAGAAGGUGUGGUAUGACCUCAAUGAUGUGUUUGGUGAUCCAUUUGAGGGAUAUCCUGUUAGUUUGACGCCGUCGGAGCCGGCGAUUUCUUGGGAGGAUGGGGUGCAGCCGGCUGGGAGUCAGAUUCGGGUUGUUGAUUCUUCAACGGAUUUGGUUUUGUCGCUCUGUUAA